AUGAGCGCCCCUCUCACGGAGCACAACCUCUUCAGUGCCCUCCGCGAGUACACCUCGAGGCUGGAGGUGCAGUACAUGAUCGAGGAGGAGGUGAAGAAGUUCCAGGAGAAGGUGCUGCCGCGAGUCUUGUCUGAGGCCUUGACGACGGCGUCUCAUGCAGCAGCAGCGGCGGAAUCAACCGCAGGCGGCGAUGCAGCAGGAGCAACGAGUCGAAACGCCUCCUCGUCACCGCCAUUCAAUACCGAGGCGCCGUCGCACGCCACCGCCACCCCAAACUCCGAGUGGGUUCGAACGUUCCUCAAGGCACAUGUCGAUGACGUGCUCAGCCGCCAGCUGCCCCCCAUGAUUGUGCGUGAGGUGCAGCAACAGCUGCGCAAUGCAAAUGGGGGUGGACUGGCUGCAUCUUCGUCAUCUGGCUCUCCGCCGGGCGGCGAGUCGUCGGUACCGCCAGCGGCUGCUCGAGCACGUGCAGGCUUGCCGCCGCUCCCGCCUUCUCCGCAUCCCUCACGGUCACCACCGCGUGAAACGACCCCCGUGCCGGCAGCGAGGAGUACACCUGAGCAUCGGGGGGACGGCAACAGAGACGUAGCCCUGCUCGCCCCUGCCGCCGAUGACGAGGGUCGCCGGCAGCGCAAACAGAUCCUCAACGCCAUCGCGGAUAUUGAGCAUCAACUACAAGACGUGCAGCGGGAGCUCAACGAGGUGGUGCACCAGCAGCGGCUGUCCCGGUGCCGCUUCGAAUACCUCUGCGAGACACUCCAGGGCACGGGCUUGUCUCCAGCUGCGGAGAGCACGCCGUCGUCGCUGUGCGUGGCACUGGAGCAGGCGCUGGAUAAUCGAAAGGCGGACGUCGUGCGAGCGCGUCUCGCAGCCAUUCUGCAGGGUCUGCUGCCACCGCCGACCGAGCCGCACUCUGGGAGGGGAGCGGCGAUCCACAAUGAGGCUGCCCUAACACCCGGUAACUCGUCAUCGCUGGCGCCGCAGGACGGCCGGCUGUUGUCUGCCUCUCUCGCCUCCGCUAAGUCCUACGCCGUGCCGAGUUCCGGCCACAACACCCCGCCGCAGCUGCCGGAUCGCUCCCCUUCAUGCCUGCGCGGUGACGUGCAGUCCCCACCUCUCGUCCCCAGUGGUGCCGUCGAAGCACCGACGCCGCUGCCCCGAAACUCGUCGCGAAUGGCUCCUGUAAACUCGGCCCCCGCGUCUGCGCGCAGCCUAACAGACGCCCGUCACGGCGAUGCGUCAGGUGCUGCUGCUGCUCUAUCGAAGGCGCACCGCUCCAUCACGACACGCGGUACCGCAGCGUCAGCCGCAACCACCAAAGCCGUCUCUCUACCGCCGCCGCCGUCGGCGUUGGUGACGACCGAUGAGACAGCCCCACCCCCUCUACCUGUACUCCGUCAGCAGUCUCAUGCUCGACCCGAUGCGGGUGGGGCAGUCUCGCGGCCGGCGCCUCUGCCACAGGUUUGUGUUGACCCGAGCAUGCGGGAGAGGGCUGGCAGGGACACGCACGCAACGGCCUCGAUGGGAAUGGCGGACGGUUCUGCCACGGCCGCGACCACCACUGUCCCUCCUGCGAACUGCACGGACCCUUCCAACGCUUGUCUCCGCAGCGCUCUAUACCACAGCAUCCCAUCCUCCUCCAUCAACUCUAUCGCCUCGUCGAGGGAGGCCGCCGCUGCUGGCGGGACGCCCCGCGCGGUGGUGCUGGGUAUCAACGCUAUGGAUAUCCUCCCUGGCGUGCUACCCGGCGCACUGAGCCGACAAGGGGCAGUGCGCGUGGAGUCUGUUACCCCGCUGCAGUUGGCGGAGCGCGCCGGCUUGUGUCGCGGUGAUGUUCUACUUUCGGUGGCGAAUCGCCCCGUCGGCAGCUGUGAGCAGCUGCGGGCUGCGCUAACAGCCGUGCGGGCGACGCAGCCGUCGGUGGCACUGGAGGUCUACCGGCACGCAACUCAAGAGAUUGUCUUCUUCACUCUGCAGCUGUAG